AUGUCCCCUCCACAACAUCGCGCAGAUCGACCGCUGGGCCGCGUAGCCGUCGUUAAGGAGCGGUUUUUGGAGCCGUACGAAGAGGUCCCAGACGGGCGAAGAUGCGGUUUUGCGACGAACGAGGUGCUGAAAACACUCACCCUCCAUUCGAACAACAUCGGCGACGAGGGCGCGAAGGCGAUCGGCGGCGCUCUCGCAGUCAACGGGGUGCUGAAAAUCCUCGACAUACGCUUCAACAAGAUCGGCCCCAAGGGCGCCGCCGCGAUCGCCGAGGGGCUGCGCGGCAACGGGGUGCUGACCGACCUGAACCUGUCGGGCAACAACAUCGGCGGCGGGACCGGCUGGAUCAAGGCGAGCGAGGUCGAGGGCGAGUCGAAAGAGGUCGGGUCUAAGGUGAUUUACCAGGGGCGCGAGAUGGUUGUGAGCGUGGGGGUGGACUCCGACGGCGAGCUGCAGCUGGUCGAUGUAGUGCAGACGGGCGUACUCGCGAUCGCCAAGGCCCUCGAGGUCAACGGGGUGCUGACGAGCAUCGACCUCCGCGGCAACAAUUUGAGCGAUGAGGGGAAGAAAGCGAUUCAGGAUGCGGUGAGCGGGCGGGAAGGGUUCAAGCUCGAGAUGUGA